AUGAAGCGCCAGCGGAGCCUCCUCGAAUUCCUUCCAAAGGAAAGGGCGGCCGCGCCGGCGGUUGCUGCUGCUUUGGAGUCGGAAUACCACGAUAGAGACGGUUCCCCGCCACUGGCGUUAGCAACAAGCAAAGCAACGCUUGCUCGGGCUGUGUCUGGCGAUUCUGCCCGCGUCGCAGCUUCACAGGCAGACGCGAAGAAGAAGAUCGGCGGCGGCGCAGCGAGUUUUUCUCCCACUUCGUUGCGCUCCUCGGACACACCGCGGCGGACGCAACUUGCCGCCCGACACCCGCAGGCCGCGGUGCAAACUUCUUUAGACUUUGGCCAACGCAAUGCAGGUGGAGUGAUGACCUGUGGCCUAUGUGGAAUGCUGUUUAACUUCACGGCGACGGAGGACAUUCGGCUACAUGAGCGCUGCUGCACCGCACUCUCCUCCGGUAAUAGUGGUGCGAGUAAGACGGGGAGGCUGCGCGCGGAUGACCGCGACGCAUGGCUUGCCUCUGCGCAGCUUGGAAAGGCGUUGGAAGGGCUUGCCCUGCCAAAGCGACGGGGGCAAGCUGUGAGGGAGAGCACGCGUAGGUGCACCGCUGGAGAGGUCUGUGCCAUGGUGCAUGAGUCAUCGGGCAAGGAACUUGUGCUUUAUGUAUUUGACGGCAGCAAACAAGAUUGUGUGAAGGACGCGGUGUUCCGCCGGCUCGUGGAGGCGCUUGAGUUUUCAGAGGUUAUGUUGUGCGCCGCGGCGUAUUCGCUUGUGACGGUGGUGCACGGCCACACCGGGCGUCUCUUGUGUGCCGUCGCAGGAAGGCCCUCAACACGGGAGCAGGACCCCGUUCUUAUGUUGGGGAAGAGUGAGGGUUGUGCCGCGACCCGCUGCUACACGCGGUCGUGUGCGACGUUCUGUGACGUGCCGUACAUCUGGUGUCAGUGUGAUGCAGCGCUGGAGGCGAUGGAGGCAGAUUGGUGGCACACAAAGACGAUGGCGGCGCUGCAGCCGGCGCGUUUGGCGGUGCAGGACUUCUUUCGCUGCACCAAGCGACUGGAGCCUAAGCGGCAACGCCUCCACGCCCUUGUCGACACCGCGCUACGCAGUGCUCUGAAAACACUGGGUCGCCACGUCAGUUACGGUCACACACUUUGCCCGCGCUCGGGGUUUUCAUACGACCGUAAUGUCGUCUCCAGCGAUGUGAUGCGUCGUGUGGACGCCGUCACAGAAUGCAGUGACGCGGCGGCGCCGUUGUACACGCACGCCGAUGAUCAUGAUGCCCUUGUUGACUCCGAAGCUGAGCUCUCUGUGGUGUCAUACGACGAGUGA